AUGGCGGGAUCCGGGGACAAGAUCGCGAUAGCGCCGCUCGGAGCGGACAACUAUGCGACUUGGAGCAUUCGCAUGAAGGCCUUGUUGGUCCACAAGAAACUGUGGAAAGGAGUGGAAGAUUCCUCGGCAAACAAGGGCGACUCGGAGUCGGCCCUGGCGCUUCUCACAUUGAACGUGCAGGACAUGCACUUGGGGACAGUGGGAGCGUGCAAAUCAGCCCAGGAAGCAUGGGGGUUGCUGGAAGCAACCUACAGGAGGAACAGGCACUCCCAUAAAGGGAAUGAUCGAUCCGGAUCCGAAAGCGAGGGGCCCGUGUUUCACGGGAACUGCUAUGAGUGCGGUGAAAAGGGUCACACCAAACGGAACUGUCGGAAGAGGAAGGAGAACGGUUCAAAGGUCAUGUUCGGGGUUGCCUUUGCAUCUCUGGGCCGGGGGUUGUUUGACGGAGAGUGGGUGUUGGACUCGGGAAGCUCGCAUCACAUCUCCCGUGAGAAGGGUGUGUUCAAAUCGCUGGAGAGUUUGGAGAACGGCCGGGAGAUCGAGUUCGGGAACAAGGGGGUGCUGAAAGCGGAAGGUGUUGGGGAGGUUGAGAUUCUGGUUAAGACGCCAACCGGGGUAGCCCUUGUGACGUUGCGGGAAGUGUUGUACGUUCCCGGGGCGGCGGCAAAUCUGUUCUCAGUUAGCAAAGCGACGGAGAAGGGUGCAGAGUUUGUCUUCACGGAGAAAAAGUGUGAGCUUCGGCAUGCGGGGGAGACCCUCUUUGAAGCCUGCACGGUUGGCGACGUGUGGGUUAUACCCAAAGCUAUAGAUAGCCAGGCGUUCCUGGUGCGGGAGCCCGAGUCAGCGGAAUUGUGGCACAGGCGUCUAGGGCAUGCCGGGUACGAGCGGCUGGCUCAGAUGGCGUCGAAUGGGCUGGUUACGGGGAUGCGGGUCAAGCCAGAGAAGUUUCGUGAGCUGAAAACGGCCAUAUGCGAGCCGUGUGUUUUGGGCAAACAAACCCGGGAGACAUUUCGGAAAACGGAAGAGAAAGACGAGCGGGCCGGGAAGGAGCCUCUAGAACUCGUCCACACGGACGUGUGUGGACCGAUGCCGGUUGCAUCAAAGGGGGGAGCUCGGUUCUUCUUCACGGUGCUCGACGACGCGAGCAAGCUCUCCGUUGUGGUGCCCGUCAAGGCCAAGGACCAGAUAGCGGGGGAGCUAGGGGCGGUGCUAAACCGUCUCGAAACCCAAACCGGACGGAAGGUGAAGUCAGUCCGGAGCGACAGAGGAACGGAGUACGUGAACUCGGAGUUCACGGGGAUUCUGAAGGAGAAGGGGAUCGUGCAUGACACAACGGCACGGUACACCCCGGAACAAAACGGUUCGGCCGAACGGUUGAACCGGGAGCUAGAGGAGCGGACGCGGGCAAUGUUAGAGGAUUCGGGGCUGCCCCCGAACCUCUGGGCGGAAGCGGUCCUGACCGCAAACUACACACGCAAUAGGACGUCGGUAGCAGCCCACGGGAAGACGCCCUGGGAAGCCUUUUGGGGGGAGAAACCCAACGUGGGGAACAUGCUGAGCGAGCGGGGGACGUUUGUCGGUUACGAGCCGGGUGCGAAAGCGUAUCGGAUCUUGCGGGAGCGAGACGGGCAGAUUCUCGUAUCCCGGGACGUCCUCUUCGACGAGACGGCGCGACCGGCCAAGGCAGCCACGAGCGAGUUCGAGCUCAACGGAAAGGCAACGGAACCGUCGACAGCAGAGAAGGGGGCCGGAAAGGGGGCCGAAAUGGAACCAGGGGGAGCAGGAAAGACAGCCGGAACGGGACAGCCGGCAACGAAAGCGAGGGUGACGGAACGAAGCGUGGGAAAGGUGAUAACCCGGGCUCAGACCCGAACGGAGGAAAUCGACCUGAGGGGCGAGCCAGACGACGACAAAGCGGGGGAGGAAGAACCGGUGCCAUUCAGGCACUCCAUCCGAGAACGGAGGGCUCCGGAUCGGUACACGCUGUGA